AUGACGGUGAUGAUAUCGCUCACCACUUUUCCGAAGAACAACACUCUGCUCUCGUCCUCGCCGACGAACAGAGAGAGUCGAAGGAAUGCGCUACUAAGAAGAACAAGGAGAAGAAGAAGAGUGUUCACCCAAUCAUCUUCUUCACCGAAAGGCACGGCUUCGUUCACCUCAACAACAAAAGGAGGAAAGAAAGGGAAAUCUGGCGCCGCGUUUAUGACGCACACAGUUUUUGAUUACGAAGCAAAGGAACGCGCAAGAUCCGCUUCAAAAUGGAUAAACAAUUGGAAACAAAACUACGGACCUGUUUCGAUUGAGCUCAUCGGGAAAUAUAUCUUUUCGAUUGCUACGGAAGCGUGUAUGAUUGGAUUAGUUUUAUUUGCAAUGGACGUUGCGUUAACCGCUGUCACUGGUGGUGGCUUUGGGAACGCGACAUCGUCCGCGGCGGUGGGAACAUCGAAGGCGGCGGUUAAAGCCGCGGCAUCGGCGGCGGCGGCGAAAGCCGCGACGAUGACAAAAAUCCGAAACGUCUUUUUGUUCUUCUUCUUCGCUUUCCUGGCGUUGAGAUCGAGAACGUUUUCCAUUCUAGACGCGUCUCGACCAAAAUUGAUAACCGAAAUCAAAAUGAAAGAGCAAAGAAAACGCCCGGAAUGGACGCCUCCAGCGAAAGUGUUCCCGGUAGUUUGGAUCUCCAUCGCGUUUUUACGUUCGAUUUCUUCCAUAUUAGUCUACGAACAAGUGGGCAAGUUAUUUUGCUUCCCAAUCAUGUGCUUAGUUUUGCACUUAUCCAUCGGAGACUGGUGGAAUUUUGUCACGAACAAAGAGAAAAUGUUGGGCGUAUCCGCCGUCGGCGUUUUAUUCGUCUUGUCGAGCGCGUGGUUUGCUAUAUACCAAUAUUACUCGGUUUUACCAACCGCUGGUUUCGUUUUAAUGCCGCUAGGUAUUUGGCUCAGCAUAGCGACCGCGCUGGUCUGGUCGAUUUGGGAUAUCAACAAACCGCGCAUGCGAUUAUGGCCGACAAAAACGCUUUAA